AUUUGUGGUUAAACGUGUACAUGCAUAUUGCAAUAGUGUGCGUGUCUGACGACGCGGUCAGUUGCGAGCGCGCCAUCGCUCAGGUUAGUUGUGUUUAUUGUUCCCGGACGCUAAUUGCCGUGAAGUACUGUCAGCAUGUCAAAGCGCAAAGUUAUCCAUAGCGAGGGUCGAGCAAUCAUUGCUAAAGUCUUUCACUUUCUUAAAGAUGAAUAUAGUUUUAUGAAAGCAAAUAACAGUGAUGGAUGUGACCUAAGUCCAUUAGCAAACAUAUUAGAAAGAACUGCCCAAGCAACAGGCGUCAGUGAACGCACAGUAACUAGGAUUUUAAAAGAAGAGAAGGAGUUGCCAUCGUCAUCAACCAAGUUUACUUCACCCAUGAAAAAGCGACGUAAAAGAGACAGUAAAUUUAAUUUAGAUAAUAUGAAUCAAGAAAUUAUUCGAACUACAAUUCAAAAUUUUCAUAUAGAACACAAUGAACUUCCAACUUUGGCAAAACUUCAGUCUGCAUUAAGAGAAAAAAUUGGUUUUGACGGAUGUUUGAGCACAUUACGUUCGUUGCUUAUAAAAAUGGGCUACAAAUGGACGAAGAUUGAAAACAAUCGUAAAUCUUUACAAGAAAGGCAUGAGAUACAAUUAAGUUUAAUUUAA